CCCCCCGGCCCGGCCGUGACGAGGCUGUUUCGGCUCCUCCGUCGCCCCGUGGCUGCCGCGUCUGGAGAGGAGGCGCCCCUCGCCGGGCCUGGUUGGCGGAGCCGCGCUUCUCCCUCCUCCCGCCAUGUCGGCGCCGGACGAGGCUCCGGAGCCCAAGGGCAUCUCCGUCAGCGACGUGCAGCUGCUGCUGCGGAAGAAAGACGAGCUGGAGGCCCAGAUCCGAGCCUAUUACGGGGUCCUGGAGGACGUGAGUAGCAACUCCCGGGCCGGGCGGGUUGGGGCCUCGCUCGAUUCCCUGCUCCGCCCCGGGGUCUCGGCGAUCCUAGGGCGACCCGGGGAGCUGCUGCGACGUCGUGGACUCGCCCUCAUUGCCCUGGUGAAUUUGCCGCCCUGCCCUCUGCACGCCGUUGUGUUUCCCUCCUGCAUUGCCGGGGGUUGGGAUGGAUGACCCUCGGGAUCCCUUCCAACCCGAUGGUUCCAUUAGGGUACCUGUAACAUUGCAGCGCUUGCAGCGCUUGGUGUCUCUUAAUGCUACCGUGGUCACCUCUUGUUUUUAUUAUGUGUUUUGAUCUUGUAUUUUAAUCUUGUGUACUACCCUGAGGCCUACGGAUAAAAGGCAGUAUGAAUAUUAUUAUUAUUAAUAAUAAUAAUAAACUUGCAAACUAAGAUCUCUGUUAAUAGCAAUGCUAUACCUAUCUGGAAGUCUCAUUGAACUCAAUAGAACUUACUUCUGAGUAGACACGUGUAGGAUUGUACUGUAAAGGAAAGAGGAUUUUAAGCUAAUACAUUAGCUGCCCUAUUCAGGAAAAGGUCUCAAAGGGGUAAUUGUGUUUUUUCUUUUUAUGCUGCAGCAAAAAGGUGUCGGGAUGAACGAACCACUUGUGGAUGUUGAAGGCUAUCCACGUGCUGAUGUGGAUGUCUAUCAAGUCCGGACGGCAAGGCACAACAUCAUCUGUAAGCAACAGUCCACAAUUUAAUUGAUUUGCAGCCCGGGUACGUUUACUUGGGUAUGUUUACUUAGUAGUCAGCUGCACUGUUUUCAGUGCAGCUUACUCUCAGGUAGCAUUCAGUGCUUGGGAUUGCAGCCACAACACAUGAGUUCAGAGGGGCUUAGAUUGGCUUGCCCACCAACCUGAAAGGAAGAUAUUACUUUAAUGGGGUGGGAUGUUCUAUAUGGCUGGACAAUAUCUGGUUUUCAGCAUUGUGCUAUAUCCCCAGUUAAUAUACCGAUAUAUCACAGUGUCUGAAAUAAGGAUGGAGCUAUGCAGAGGCCUCAGUUGGUUCAUGUUUUUCCCUGUAUCAUGAUUUUUGCUGGCACCUGCUCUUCUGUUUUGCUGCCCCCUGCAUGAGGCAGGGAAGAGCUGAGCUGGCAAGAGUUAACAGGGGCUACAGAAACGAGAGGAGCAUUGGCUGGCUUCACAGUUUCCCCCACGUUGUGAUUUUUGCAUAGCACAUACACACAGAGAGAAUGAUUCAUGAUAUAUUGCCAGGUCAAAAAUUACGAAACCAAUAUCACUGUACGGACUUCAAACGGGUUUUGGACGAUAUGUUGCGCAGCCCUGGGGUUCUAUAAAAAGAAGCCUAAGAUCAGCAACCUGUGGAUAAUGCUGUAAUUCUGGUACAAGUGCAGACAAGAUCUAAUGUGUAGAGCAUCUAUCUAACCUUGAAGGAAAGACCAUGGCUCCAUGGGGGAGUAUCUGCUCUGCAUGCUGAAGAUCCCAGGUUCCCUUUGUGGCAGCGUUUCCAGGGGGGCCUGUGACCAGGGAAGAUUCCCUGGAGAGCUGCUGCCAGUCGGUGUAGGCAGUACUGAACCAGAUGGACCCAGAUCAAAUUUGGUACAAGGCAGCUUCCUAUCUUGGGAGAAUCCAGCUGUUCUCUGAUCAGAUGUACAGUUCAAGUAAUUUUGUUCCCAUUUUUUGAGUUAAAUAUUAUUUUGUUAUCAUAUAUAACAAAUGAUUAAUAUUUUAUCAUGUUUAUUCAUCACUGUGCACCAAAAAAAUCUCUAAGCAGCAGUAUUUUAUAGAUUUGUUGGUGGCUUAGAGACAUUAUUAUUAUUAUUAUUAUUAUUAUUAUUAUUAAUAUGGAGUGUGCAAGCUUGUUUUCUGCUGCUGCAGAGGGCAGGACCAAACCAAUGGAUUCAAAUUACAAGAAAUGAAAUUCUAAGUAAUCAUUAAGAAUAACUUUCUUGGUGGUGAAGGCUGUUCAGCAGUGGAAUGGACUCCCUUGGAAAGUGGUUGGCCAGCCAUCAGUGGUGGUUUUGAAGCAAAGGUUGGGUGGCGCUCUUCUAGAGGGUCUUUAGCUGUGAUUCCUGCAUUUCAGGAUGUUGGACUAUAUGGACCCUUUGAGUCCCUUCUGUGAUUGUUGCUUGUAGACCAUUUCCUGAGAUCACUCUGCCAUUUCUCCUUUAAUCCUUUUCAUUCCUGUACUGUACAUUAUUGUACUGAAGCCUCAGUACAGAUUUCAAGCCAACUUGAAAUCGUUGCCUAUUCUUCCAUUGCCUCCCCUCCCCUCCGUUUCCUGCCAGGGAUCCCUCAUGCGUGUUCAUCCCCAAGCGCAUGUGUGUGGAUGACGUUGCUUAAAGAACCAUAAUAACUCAGAGAACAGCUUUCUGUGCAAAUACAUCUUGGGCUUACAGGAGCUUCCCUCUGCUUUCAGGUUUGCAGAAUGAUCACAAAGCCUUGAUGCACCAGGUGGAACAGGCUCUGCACCAGCUCCACGCCCGGGAGAAGGAGAAGCGCGAAAAGGACGAGGCGGAAGCGCGAGCUGAAGCCAGGAGCCAGAGUCAGGUGUUGCCCCAGCCUUUUGCCAGGGUGAAUGCCGUCACGCAGGGGUCUCCAGCGAGCUUCUCGGCAAGUAUUGCAUCUCUCUCACCCGUCCAGACCUCUGUGGGUUUGUUAUUUGGCGAAGUAGAACCCUGCUGCUUUGGACCAGUAGCCAUUGAUAGUCUUACCCUCUUUGGUGAGUUUGUUUAAUCUGCUUUGGAAACUAUCCAAGCUGGUGGACUUUAUCACAUCUUAUUUGUAAUUGAGCUCUUCACUGCUGUGUGAAGAAUUCCUUCCUCUUGUCUGCCAUGAAUCUUUCAUCCCCAACUUCAUUGGAUGACCCCACUGGGUCCUGGCAUGAUGAGAAAGGAGAAAAAAUGUCCACACCAUGUAUAAUUUUAUUUACACCUGUCACGUUGCCCCCCUCCACCUGUUACUCAGCCAUUUUCAUUUGGGAUACAAUACUGCUACCAGCUCCCCCCCCCGCCAUAAUCCUUGCUGAGCUGUGUACAGGAUUUCAGGUGUCUGCAGCUUGUAUUUCUCCUUUUGUAUCCCAAACAAUCAUAAUCUUGCUGUUUUGAAAAUUUCUAAGGUUUGUGCGGUCCCCUGCUAUACUUAGAACAAUUCUAAAGUACCGGGUACUGAGUUUGGCUUCCUUCCCAAGGGGAAGCCAGGGUGUAUAAUGUGUUCUUUGGUUCUCUCUGAAGGGGUUGCAAGUUGACGACGAGAUCGUCGAGUUUGGCUCCGUCAACACUCACAACUUCCAGUCGCUGCAGAAUAUUGCCAUUGUGGUCCAGCACAGUGAAGGGGUGAGCAGCUUUCCCCCCUCCCUCCGUGUCUGAAAUGAGGUCUCGCCUUCAUCCCCACAAAUGCCCACAGAGCCUGCUAGUAUCAGUGACCAGGCAGAAGGCAAACCAAGCCACAGUAUGGAGCAUGAGCAGAGCGACACUUGCCUGAAGUCACUCGCUGAUGCUGCAACAGGGCAGGAGACUGAUAGCUGCCGUCCUCCUUAAAGCACUUGUGUCACACCUACUUUCUGGUGUCAAAAGGGGCUUCCAUGCGGCUGCUCCUUUGAACACUGAAUCAAGGGGGUUAUUCCCUUUGGAGUCGACCCUUCAGUGAUGACCUGCUGGUGGAAAACAGCUCCAGCACUUGCUGUGAAUCUGUAGCCCAGCCUGGAGGCACCAGUGACACAGUUCCCACCUGGGAAGGCACCACAGUCUGACUAAUCAUAGACAUUGGUGUCCCAAGCAGGUCUACCAGGAUGCAUGGGGAGUGGUGUCCAUUGCCCUUUACUUCUGUGGCUGGUUAAUUUGUGUGUGUGUGUGUGUGUGUGUGUUUUUAUGUUUUUUUCUUUUUUUUUUAAUUUUAAAACAAAGGUCUAUAAUUCUAACCCCACCUGAACACGUUAUUAAAAGCCUUUUAAAACUUAAAUGCCAUUUAGGCUGACAAAGCAGUGGUUUAUUUAGAAGCCUUUGAGUAAAGGUUCUGUGAUCAGUCAGUAACGUGAAAUGUAACACCAAGUGACUCAGAACUUUAAAUCCUAUAAAGUCCCUUGCCCUUUACUUUUGUGGCUGUAUGAUUUGUUGAUUUGUGUGUGUAUUUGUAUGACAUAGAAUCAUUUGAUGUUUUUAUCUAAUCAAGUUUACUUGCUUCUUAAUCAGAAGAGACAAAGAAAAGUAGAGCUAAAUAUUUAUUAAAAAUACCAUUAAAAGGAGAGAAAGAAACUUAAAAACAAGUAAUAAAAUGACAUGUCUAGGUAGACUUCCCUAAUCAAGAUCUUUUAGCAGGCGUCUAAAAUGAUACAGCUAGGGCCCCUACCUGAUGUUAAUAAGUCCCCACUUUUGGCUAUGCCAUAAGCCCAGCAAUGAGGCACAGAGGACAUGGGGGUCUCCCCUCCCUCCCUGCACCUACAGCUCCCUUGGGCAUUCCACAAGAUAUUCAGCCAGUUACAAAUACUGUCUUGGGUGCAGUGAGGACUCUUUUGUUUAUUUUCUGCCCCCUGCAGCAACCGCUAAGUGUGACCGUGAUCCGCAAUGGUCAGAAGCUUCAUUUGGGGCUCACCCCGAAACGCUGGAGUGGAAAAGGGCUUCUGGGGUAAGCAAUCCAAAAAUCAAAGGCAGAACUGACAUCAACACCUCUGUAGCCGGUCCUGCAUCACUCUGUAACCUCAGUUCUGAACUGGCCAGCAAUGAUUGGAACCUCUGCCUCUCCAUUCCAUGUGCAUUGAUGUUUGGCUGCACUAAGGGGAACGUGUUGGGAGAGGGCCCUCCUCCUCCUCCUCCUCCUCCCCUGUGACACAUGUGCCUACCUGUACAAUCCUGCCCAGGUGCUAAGAGCCUUCACAUGUUGCUGGUGAAAGAGAGAGGGCUGUCCCUCCUCAGAGAGGCUAACCUGGCUCUUGCUUGGUUAUGCUUAGGCUUCCUGUUCAGACGGGUUUUUGGCAGCUAAGGGGCAGACAAAUACUGUGCAUUUCAUAAUGCUGUUUUUCAAUGUCUGAAGCUGCCUUGAUGAAUCGAAGCUUGAGAUAAUGGUGGGAUGUAAAUAACUGAGUAAGGGAGAAUACUCCUGCCUUCCAGAAGGGCUGUUGGGCUCCCAGUUGCCAUCACCCCCGCCAACAUGACUGAUUUGGGGUGGGUGGGAACUAGAGUCCAGCAGCGUCCUGAGGGCUACAGCUUCCCCUCCCUACCUGCUCUAGAGGUCCAUACCCAGGGAGACUUUCCCUGCCCCCCCAAUGAAGCAGCUGUUUGUGUCUGUCUCUCCUUCUCCAGGCAAGCUAAAAUUGCAUCCUGCAAGCACAAGGAGCUUCUGACCAAUCUUGGCCAUUGUGUGCAGAAAGCUGGGUUCUGCAUGUAGCAGGAGGGUAGCCCUGGUCAACCUGAUGCCCUCCAGGGGUUUGGGACUAAAACUCCCACCUGUGCGGGCAAGGGUUGAUGGGAGUUGUAGUCCAAAAGGUCUGGAGAGCAUCAGGUUAGCCCAGGGUGUAGGAGUUUGUGUGCAGCCUGUUUCUGGACAAUCUGGUGGCUGCCUCUUGCAUGAAUUUCCCAGGGUUUUUUCCCAUUGCUGGCAGCCCCCUUCUCAGGGAGAGUCCUGAGGGGUCUGGUGUCCUGGCCAGUCCAGGGUCUAGAAUGCGUGUUGCACUUCUUUCCUUCCCUGCCCUUGUUUUGGGGAAAUAACCCCUCCCCCCGGUUUUUAACAAGAAUCUGCAGUUCUUGACUAGCCUUGCCAACCAUUUUACUUGUCCAGCUUGCUCCUUUUACUUGUCCAACUGUCAAGCAGAUGCUCUUCUGGUGAGUUACAACCCUUCCUCAAAUAAAAAGUGCAUGUCUGAGAAGUAUGAUCCUCUGAGAUUUCUUAUAAUCAAAAUAUUAGAAUUGCAGAAGGUCUCAUAUCUUUCUCUCUUCUUUCCCCCAAGUUGCAAUAUAGUCCCUCUGCAAAGAUGAGGUUUUUCAGUGAAAAAGCUCCAAAGUACUUGAUGGCAUCUCAACCUGGGUUUGAACCCCUACCCGAACAUCUACCCGGGUAACAUCUACCCGAAGAAGCCAGGAUGUGGAAAGACAAAUGCUGAGGUUUUGGUGUUGGCUGUCAAAAGGGUUUUGAAUCUGACACACAGGUGCCGUUUUGAAAGAGUACGGAUUUAAAGGAUUGGUUAGUCCUCCUCUUAUGGUGUUUGCCCCUGUUGUAAAUAAAAGUUGGAAAGGGGAGCUUGUGGCUUUCUUACAGAAUUGGAUGACUUAUUCUGUAACAUUUUGGUUUGCUUGGGAAUUUGCCAAUAAAAGUUUUACACCAGUUC